AUGAAAAUUUUAACGAAUAAAAACCUUAUGGAAAAUAUAAACGCAAAUAUUUAUAAACAACUUUUACCACCGUCGUCAAAAUCAAAAUUAGAAAAUUUAAAAAUGGAAUCGAACGAAAUCGUUUUGGAAAAUGGUGAAAAUUUGGAAACGAAUAAAAAAUAUCGUCACAAUCGUUAUUUACGUCAGGAAAUGAUUAAUAUCGAAAGGACGAAUAGAAAAAUACAAUAUCGUCAAAAUCAAUUGGAUAAAGCCGUACGUAAAAUGGAAAAACAAAUGGAAACGUAUAAAUUGAAAGGAGAAAAUCCGCGAAACAAUGAAAUAAUCGACGAGAGAAUUGUGGAAAGAGUCAGAAAACUCGAAGAAACCGACAGAUUAACACACAAGCAAAUAUUUAAUUUAUCAAGACAAAUAUCCGAACUUAAUCGUUUACACCUUUCAAUGCUUCAAUUAUUAGAAUCCGUUGAAAAUUUAGAAACAAAAGUCGACGAUAACGUACCGGAAUUGCAAAGGGAAAUAUCGAAAAUGGAAUUCAAUAUGGCGCAAGCAACAUCAUCACUUUCUAUCGUCAAAGAAACUCAGACGAGGACGACGAUCGUCGUCGUCCCCCACGUUCCCCCUCUCAUCGGCCCCACGAGUAUAUUUUCCGGUUAG